UGGUCUAUCUAUACCCGUACAGGUAGGGCGCUAAUACAUACACACGUACUAAUUGUAAGCCGUCCAUGGGGCUAUUUAAAUUUUAAGCCAAGCCACAAAUUCUUCCACACACAUUGACUAUACUAUAGGUAUACCAGUGACCGUGUGGUGGUAUCUCCAACGUCGGCUAACUCCUCACCAGAAGAAACUGUGAAAGAUAAAGAAUGUGUUACCUGGCUAGGUAAGCACCGCAGGUCACGAAACACUACUGUCGUUCACGCAUCGGCGGUGAAGCGGGUUCCCUACUCACCUCAGUAUAAUGUGUGUGUAGGUAGGGCGUGUCGCUCGCUGUAUACACAUGUCAAGUCAGAAUCUCAAUCUGAAUUUCGAAACCUCGUCAGUCACGGUGUGACUGACGAGUCAGUGUCCACCACCCGGAACUCGGACGAACACCUGUAACAUUUCAGACGUCCAGGACAACUCCAACCAUGGCUAGCUGGCCAGGGAUUAUGCUGGCAGCUGCAACUUUAACUUUCAUCGGAUUGUUUUUUCAAGUGGGCGGUUUUGUGCUGCCGUGGUGGUUUGUUAUAGGGGAUGGUGUGUACAUUGGAGUGUGGUAUAUGUUGAACUGUAAGAGUGGGAUCGUCUCUGUCCGUAAUUGUUCCGUGUAUAGCUACAGAGAAGACAGCAUCGUCACUGAAUACAACGCUACCGCUAUAGUGUCCCAGGACUACUACACGGGUCUCCAGGUAUGCACCACUGUGGCGCUAGGACUUCUGCUGAUCGUUGCACUUGGAUUUAUCUGCGGAGGCUGUAAUUACUGCAGAGCCAAGUCCGGCUAUGUCUGGGGAUGUAUCUUCCUUUUCCUCUCAGGGAUCCUGAUGUUGACCUCCCUUGGUUUGUUUUCAUGGAUAUACGUUGACACCCUUACAAACUUACCAAGCUACCAUUUGGACGGCCGCUCGUUUCCGUGGGGCGUGGUGUCAGCUGGCCUCGGGGCUCUGUUUGCUCUCUUCGCUGGCAUUGUGUUAGCCGUACUGUUGUGUCGUUGGGAGUACCAUAUGUACGACGAUGACGAUGACGACGACUACGACCGUGGACAACGACGUGUACCUAUGUCGCAAAUAGAUCACAAACGUGGUUACGAUCGCACCGGCUACCAAAACCACGCGUACCCGGCAUCCGGGAGCGCGUACGAUAAACCAGCACCCCAACACUACUACUACGGCAGUUCACACCGGUCCAACCAGUCCGCGAGUACUCCACAGUACGUCCAGGCCGCCACUCCCUACCGCCAGACUGCAAACAUGUACAGACCUAUUGCGGCCUCCACCCGGCGGGACCGCUACUGAACAUUUAUAUAGUUUAAUGAAUUAUUCUAAUUUGACCACUUCUACAUGCAUAGAGCUUGAAAAAGACUACUAUAAAAUAUUUAACGUCUAGGCUAUCUAGUAGUUCCUUGUUCUACGGGGGAUUUACCAGCCCCAUAUAACAAGCUCAAACGUACGUCGCCUAGCUCUGUACAUCGGUAGUAGUCUCUGGCGGAUCGCCGUGAUAACAUAAAGUUGCCAGCAUUCGGUUAUGUAGCAUUACGAUUUUAAAUAUUAUAUUUUUACUAUUAAGCUUUAGUAUAAACAUAACUCAUCAUAUCAUUGUUAAUCAUACAUUGAUCUCACUGAAUAUUAUUUGACCUAUUUUUGGAGUCUGUUUUGCUUUGUUCAUCAUAAAAAAAGACUAGUAAAAUGGAUUUUCGUGGUGCGUCAUGCAUGCCACUUUCCACAUCAUGUCGCGCUGUAUUUACAAACGUUGAUUUUGAAUAUUCAUCACCCCGAUGCGUCUAUGAAAAGUGUUUUUCAGAAUGAAAAUUGACGGCUACCAAAUUUGUUAAGCAAUCCAGAAGAGAGUUUGUGGAGAGGGAGUAAGCGGUAGGGGUGAGCAGGAAUUGGGGGAUGGGGCCCGGUAUCUCUGGCCCAGCUUAACGGUCAGCUAUCUCCGCGAACACGGAAUAAAACAUAAAUGUAUGUGUAUCAUCACGGAAUUAUGUACGAACUGCUGAAGGGUUGCCUACCUGUAAUGUAUUGAUUCAUUUUAUGGACCCAAAAGGAGAUAGAUUGAUUGUUGGUAAGGUACCUACCGUCAAGUUAACCAUAUUAAUACCAUCGUCACUAUUGUGUAAUUUCCAUACCAUAACACGUUGCCAUGUAUUUAUAGAAUUAUAGCUGUUCGACAUUU